UAGGCAACGUACGAGACAAGCUACAAAGACUCCAGAGGCUCGCAUGCGCGGCCACCACUGGCUGCACGAGGUCCACUCCGACUGCAGCCAUGGAGGUCAUGCUAAACCUUUCACCGCUGCACCUACACAUACAACAAGAGGCCAGUCUCUCAGCGGUAAGGUUACGAACCCUCAAUAUAUGGUCUAACACCACAGGAGCUCUUCACACAGCAUGCCUGGAAAAAGUAUACAGCGAAUUUCCAGUGCUCAUGGCGGGCACGGAUCGAAUUCACAAACAAGCCAUCUUUGACAAAAGGUACAAAAUACAAUUAUUUGAGGACGACAACUACGAAGGACUCAAUCCCCGGGAGCUGAGAAUCUUCACUGAUGGGUCCAAAACAGACAGCGGAUCAGGCUCUGGAACCUUUUCAGAAGACCUGAACAUGUCAAUCACCACUCCGCUAGGAGCCCAUAACUCGGUAUUCCAGGCUGAGUGCAUGGGCAUCAUUAACGCGGCGGCUGCCAUCACUGCAAGGAAGGUAGUAGGAUCCUCCAUCCGCAUACUCUCCGACAGCAGAGCAGUCUUAAUGGCCCUAAAAAGCCAUAUAGUCACAUCCAAACUUAUACACGAAUGCCACGAACGACUAAUGGAGGUAUGUCAGAACAAUAAGAUCACCUUACAAUGGAUCAAAGGACACAGUGGAUCCCGAGGUAACGACGCCGCGGACGAGCUCGCCAGACAAGGAUCGGGUGCGGGGGCGAUAGGCCCGGAACCGAUCCUCCCGAUACCGUUUAGUAAGGUACGCUCAAUGCUGCUGGCACGUACAGGGAAACUACACACAGAACACUGGCUAAACCAAACUGGAUGCAGACAGGCCAAGCAGGCCAUGCCUAGCAUGAACGGUAAGCUCACAAGGGCGCUCCUUCAACUAGGAAAGGUUCGACUGAGUAUGGUAACCAGUGUCAUAACAGGUCAUGGACUUUUUAACAAACAUCUUUUUAUAACAGGUGUCACAGACAGUCCCCUAUGCCGUGGAUGCAUGGAGGAAGAAGAAACAGCCUCUCACGUGGUGUUGGAAUGCAGCGGAUUGGCCCCAUACAGGGCAAAACAUCUCGGAUCCCCGAGUGACCUCCCCGAGGUCCUACUCAACAUCAAAGGUUUGAUAGGAUUCCUCGAGGAGCUGGGCUGGCAAGACUAGCCCACCCCUAGGAACGUUUGUCACGCAAAAUAGGCGCCAGUCGUCGAGUUGCGGAAAAUUUCCCGAAUUAUAAUACAAUACAA